AGGCAUGCUGGGUUCCCGCAAAGGUGUCAACCUGCCUGGUUUGCCCGUGGACUUGCCCGCAGUGUCGGAAAAGGACAAGUCUGAUCUGAUCUUCGGUGUUGAACAGAAUGUGGACAUGAUCUUCGCAUCGUUCAUCCGUAACGGCGCGGCGCUGAAGGAGAUCCGCGACAUCCUCGGCGAGAAAGGCAAGAACAUCAAAAUCAUCUCCAAGAUUGAGAACCACCAGGGCAUGGUCAACUUGGAUGAGAUUAUUGCCGAAUCUGACGGCAUAAUGGCCGCUCGCGGCGACCUUGGCAUUGAGAUCCCACCAGAAAAAGUGUUCCUCGCCCAAAAAACCAUGAUAGCCAGAUGCAAUCAAGUGGGUAAGCCUGUAAUCUGCGCAACUCAAAUGCUGGAGUCCAUGGUGAAGAAGCCUCGUCCAACCCGCGCUGAGACCUCAGACGUGGCCAACGCCAUUCUGGACGGAGCCGACUGCGUCAUGUUAUCCGGAGAGACUGCGAAGGGAGACUAUCCUCUGGAGUGCGUCCGGACCAUGGCAAAUAUUUGCAAGGAGGCUGAGGCGGCUAUCUGGCAUAAACAGCUGUUCAAUGAUCUAGUUGCUCAGGUGAAGGCCCCGAUCGAGAGCACGCACUCGGUGGCCAUCGCGGCCGUGGAGGCGUCGACCAAGUGCCUGGCGUCGGCCAUCGUGGUGAUCACCACCAGCGGCCGCUCGGCGCACCUGCUCAGCAAGUACCGGCCGCGCUGCCCCAUCAUCGCCGUCACGCGCCACGCGCAGACGGCGCGCCAGGCGCACCUCUACCGCGGCGUGCUGCCCAUCGUCUACCAAGAGUCCGUGGCGGCCGACUGGCUGAAGGACGUGGACAACCGCGUGCAGUUCGGGCUGAAGUUCGGACGCGCGCGCGGCUUCAUCCGCACCUCGGACCACGUAGUCAUCGUCACCGGCUGGAAGCAGGGCUCAGGAUUCACCAACACCAUGCGCAUCAUUCAAGCAGAAUAAACCAGAAUGAAGAGAUAUCAAGAUGAUAAUAAUAUAUAUAUAUUUUUAUGACUAAGUAUUAGUGCAGACGAUAAGCGAAGAUCUAGUUAGUGCACGAUAAUCAGUGAUAAUAAUGUUAUGUAAAAAUGUAUCUGUACAAUGUUUCUCAAUUACAUUAGUGAUAGGGUUAUUUAUUUGUGAUUAAUACCAGGGGUAUCGAAGUUGCCUG